GGCGGGGGUAAGCCAGCUGAGUAGCGGCUCGAUUGUUCUGGCCUGGCUAUGGCGCCUCUCCUCCCCCCCGCCAUGGCUCCCCGUGUCCCUGCUCCGCUCCUCUCAGUGAGUGAAAGUGGCCGCCGCCGCCGCCGGCCCAGCGCCCGCAGCCGCCUCAGCGCCGCCGCCAUCUUGGGGUCCCAGGAGCCGCCGAGGGAGCGAGCUAGGAGCGUCCACGCCCAACGCAGUCACCGUCCCACGGCCUCAGAGAGCGAACCGCGGCUCCACCGUCGGCGGGGCGACCCCCCCCCUCCGGACCCCGCCCGCACCCCGCCCCCCCUCCGCCGCCGCCGCGGCGGCGGGGCCCGGCGGCCCGAGCCGUGCAGUCGGAGAUCCUUGUGCAUGAAGACAGGUUUGUUCUAUGGCCUCGGAGCUGGGUGCCCGGGACGAUGGCGGCUGCACUGAGCUGGCAAAGCCCCUCUAUCUUCAGUACCUGGAGAGGGCCCUCCGGUUGGACCAUUUCCUGCGACAAACGUCUGCCAUCUUCAACAGGAAUAUUUCUAGUGAUGAAAGUGAAGAUGGACUGGAUGACAAUAAUCCUUUAUUGCCCCAGUCUGGAGAUCCCUUAAUACAAGUUAAAGAAGAACCUCCAAAUUCAUUGCUUGGUGAAACUUCUGGAGCAAGCAGUUCUGGAAUGUUAAAUACAUACUCACUGAAUGGAGUUCUACAGUCAGAAUCGAAAUCUGACAAAGGGAAUUUAUAUAACUUCUCUAAAUUGAAGAAAAGCAGAAAGUGGCUAAAGAGCAUUCUGCUAAGUGAUGAGUCCAGUGAGGCAGAUUCUCAGAGUGAAGACAAUGAUGAAGAAGAAGAGGAAGAAGAACUCAAUCUCAGCAGAGAAGAACUUCAUAACAUGUUGCGGCUGCACAAAUACAAGAAACUUCACCAGAAUAAGUAUAGUAAAGACAAGGAGUUGCAGCAAUACCAUUACUACAGUGCAGGCCUGCUUUCCACAUAUGACCCUUUCUAUGAGCAACAACGGCACCUACUUGGACCCAAAAAAAAGAAAUUCAAGGAGGAAAAGAAACUCAAAGCUAAAUUGAAAAAAGUGAAGAAAAAAAGGCGGAGGGAUGAAGAACUUUCCUCCGAAGAAUCCCCUCGUCGCCACCACCACCAGACCAAAGUCUUUGCCAAGUUCUCUCAUGAUGCACCUCCUCCUGGCACCAAGAAGAAGCACUUAUCCAUUGAGCAGCUUAAUGCUCGUCGCAGGAAAGUAUGGCUUAGCAUUGUGAAAAAGGAACUACCAAAGGCCAACAAGCAGAAAGCUUCAGCUCGUAACCUGUUUCUCACCAAUAGCCGAAAGCUCGCCCACCAGUGCAUGAAGGAGGUGCGUCGAGCUGCCUUACAGGCCCAGAAGAACUGUAAAGAGACCUUGCCUCGGGCCCGCCGCCUCACCAAGGAGAUGCUUCUGUACUGGAAGAAGUAUGAGAAGGUGGAGAAGGAACACCGCAAACGUGCAGAAAAGGAAGCCUUGGAACAGCGGAAGUUGGAUGAGGAAAUGCGGGAGGCCAAGAGGCAACAGCGAAAACUGAACUUCCUAAUCACCCAGACAGAAUUGUAUGCCCAUUUCAUGAGUCGCAAACGAGACAUGGGUCAUGAUGGGAUCCAGGAAGAAAUCCUAAGGAAACUGGAAGACAGUUCUACCCAGAGACAAAUUGACAUUGGUGGAGGGGUGGUAGUUAACAUCACACAGGAAGAUUAUGAUAGUAACCAUUUCAAAGCCCAGGCCCUGAAGAAUGCUGAAAACGCUUACCAUAUUCAUCAAGCUCGGACAAGGUCAUUUGAUGAAGAUGCAAAAGAAAGUCGAGCAGCUGCCCUACGGGCAGCAAACAAGUUUGGCACUGGAUUUGGGGAGAGUUAUAGCCUGGCAAACCCAUCUAUCCGGGCUGGUGAGGAUAUUCCACAGCCCACAAUUUUUAACGGCAAAUUAAAAGGUUAUCAGCUGAAAGGCAUGAAUUGGUUGGCAAAUCUCUAUGAACAGGGUAUUAAUGGCAUUCUUGCAGAUGAAAUGGGCCUUGGUAAAACAGUACAGAGCAUUGCUCUCCUGGCCCAUCUGGCUGAGAGAGAAAACAUUUGGGGACCUUUCUUAAUAAUUUCACCUGCUUCUACACUUAACAAUUGGCACCAGGAGUUUACUAGAUUUGUUCCUAAAUUUAAGGUGCUACCAUAUUGGGGAAAUCCUCAUGAUAGAAAAGUCAUCAGGAGGUUCUGGAGUCAGAAGACCCUCUACACUCAGGAUGCCCCCUUCCACGUGGUUAUCACCAGCUACCAGCUAGUGGUGCAGGAUGUAAAAUAUUUCCAGCGGGUCAAGUGGCAGUACAUGGUAUUGGAUGAGGCUCAGGCACUCAAGAGUAGUUCCAGUGUUCGUUGGAAGAUCCUCUUGCAGUUCCAGUGUCGGAAUCGGCUUUUGCUGACUGGGACCCCCAUUCAGAACACCAUGGCAGAGCUCUGGGCUCUACUUCAUUUCAUUAUGCCAACAUUAUUUGAUUCACAUGAGGAAUUUAAUGAAUGGUUUUCCAAGGACAUUGAGAGCCACGCAGAAAACAAAUCCGCUAUUGAUGAGAAUCAGCUCUCUCGCUUACACAUGAUCUUGAAGCCAUUCAUGCUGAGGAGAAUCAAGAAAGAUGUGGAAAAUGAAUUGUCUGACAAGAUUGAGAUUCUGAUGUAUUGCCAACUGACCAGCCGACAGAAGCUGCUAUAUCAGGCACUAAAGAACAAAAUUUCCAUUGAGGAUUUAUUGCAGUCUUCUAUGGGCUCUACCCAGCAAGCACAGACCACCACCAGCAGCCUCAUGAAUCUGGUCAUGCAGUUUAGGAAGGUGUGUAAUCACCCAGAGUUAUUUGAACGACAAGAAACUUGGUCGCCAUUUCAUAUUUCCCUAAAGCCAUACCAGAUUUCAAAGUUUAUAUACCGUCAUGGACAGAUCAGGGUCUUCAACCAUUCACGAGACAGGUGGUUAAGGGUUCUUCUUUCUCCAUUUGCACCAGACUAUAUCCAAGAGUCUCUCUUUCACAGAAAAGGUGUUAAUGAAGAAAGCUGUUUCUCUUUCCUUCGCUUUAUUGAUGUAUCUCCAGCAGAAAUGGCAAACCUCAUGCUUCAGGGACUUUUGGCCAGAUGGUUAGCUCUUUUCCUGUCUCUGAAAGCCUCCUACAGGCUCCAUCAGCUGCGCUCCUGGGGAGAGCCAGAAGGGGAGAGCCAGCAGAGAUAUCUGAGGAACAACGAUUUCCUUCUUGAGGUUAAUUUUCCACUCUCCUUUCCCAACCUUUGCAGCUGUCCUUUGUUAAAGUCUCUGGUUUUCAGCAGCCACUGUAAAGCAGUGAGUGGCUACUCAGACCAGGUCAUCCAUCAGCGGAGAUCAGCUACCUCCUCGCUUCGUUGCUGUCUGCUCACUGAGCUGCCAUCUUUUUUGUGUGUGGCCAGUCCACGAGUCACCGCAGUGCCAUUGGAUUCUUACUGCAAUGACCGAAGUGCAGAGUAUGAGCGGCGAGUGCUGAAGGAAGGAGGGAGUCUGGCAGCCAAGCAGUGUUUGUUGAAUGGGGCCCCUGAACUGGCGGCAGACUGGCUAAAUCGACGAUCCCAGUUCUUUCCAGAGCCAGCUGGAGGACUGUGGAGCAUCAGGCCUCAGAAUGGCUGGUCUUUCAUCAGGAUCCCAGGCAAAGAGAGCCUCAUCACUGACAGUGGAAAGCUGUAUGCCCUUGAUGUCCUGCUGACUCGGCUCAAGUCUCAAGGACAUAGGGUCCUUAUCUACUCUCAGAUGACCAGGAUGAUAGACCUGCUGGAGGAAUAUAUGGUUUAUAGGAAGCAUACCUACAUGAGGCUUGAUGGCUCAUCCAAGAUCUCAGAGAGGCGGGACAUGGUUGCUGAUUUUCAGAACAGGAAUGACAUCUUUGUGUUCCUGCUAAGCACACGAGCUGGAGGACUGGGUAUCAAUCUCACUGCUGCCGAUACAGUGAUUUUCUAUGAUAGCGACUGGAACCCCACUGUGGACCAGCAGGCCAUGGACAGGGCCCACCGCUUGGGGCAGACGAAGCAGGUUACUGUGUACCGGCUCAUCUGUAAAGGCACCAUUGAAGAACGCAUUCUGCAGCGAGCCAAGGAAAAGAGUGAGAUUCAGCGGAUGGUGAUUUCUGGUGGGAACUUCAAACCAGAUACCUUGAAACCCAAAGAGGUGGUUAGUCUUCUUCUAGAUGAUGAAGAGUUGGAGAAGAAAUUGAGACUGCGGCAAGAAGAGAAACGGCAGCAGGAGGAAACCAAUCGAGUCAAAGAACGCAAGCGCAAGCGGGAAAAGUACGCAGAGAAGAAGAAAAAGGAAGAUGAAUUGGAUGGGAAAAGGAGAAAGGAGGGUGUGAACCUAGUGAUCCCGUUUGUUCCCUCGGCUGAUAACUCCAACCUCUCUGCUGACGGGGACGACUCCUUCAUUAGCAUGGACUCGGCCAUGCCCAGCCCUUUCAGUGAGAUCUCCAUCAGCAGUGAGCUGCACACCGGCUCCAUUCCCCCCGACGAGAGCAGCAGUGACAUGCUGGUUAUUGUUGAUGACCCAGCCUCCUCAGCCCCUCAGUCUCGAGCCACCAACUCUCCCGCUUCCAUAACGGGCUCCGUCUCAGACACCAUGAAUGGAAUUUCCAUUCAGGAAGUGCCAGCCGCAGGACGAGGUCACUCAGCCCGAAGCCGAGGCCGCCCCAAAGGUUCAGGAAGCACAGCCAAAGGAGCAGGGAAAGGCCGGAGCCGGAAGUCCACCGCAGGCAGUGCUGCCGCAAUGGCAGGAGCCAAAGCAGGGGCUGCGGCGGCCUCCGCAGCCGCCUAUGCUGCAUACGGGUACAACGUGUCUAAAGGAAUCUCUGCCAGCAGUCCUCUGCAGACGUCCCUUGUUCGACCUGCUGGCCUUGCUGACUUUGGACCUUCAAGCGCCUCUUCUCCCUUGAGUUCCCCUUUGAGCAAAGGAAAUAAUGUUCCUGGGACUCCCAAGAGCCUCCACUUGACCAGCAGCCUAGCCCCAGACUCCCUGGUCCGGAAACAGGGCAAAGGCACCAAUCCCUCUGGAGGACGGUAACCGCCUGGGCUCUCCAGCUUCCUUCAGCCAAACCACGGGCUACAGUCCUGGCCUGCAAAUGAUCUUUGGAUGGCUUGCCUAGUGCAGCAUCUUACAUCCCAGGUCAGAGGGCGGAGAUGACCAGUUGCAGCAAGGGAAGGACAGGCAGGUGGUUAGUGUGAGCACUUUUAUCACCUGUGUCUCAAAAGGAGUGCUCUGGGGUUGCCUAUAGGAAGAAGGCCCAAGGACAGGAAUCAUCUCCGCAGCAUCUCAGAUGAACUUUAUAGCCACGUCUUAAACCUCGUGCUAGGGAAGGGCCUGACAUAGACCCCCUUUAGAUGCUGAGGCACACUGUCUCCAUCCCCAUUCCACUCUUUGGCUCUGGCCAUUUCCUUUGCAAAGGCUCCGCGAGUGCUGUGAAGAGCCUUUCAUGGUGGAGACUUCUCUUAGGGCUGUGAUUUCCUGUAGGGCUGGGAAGGGAGGAAAUCAUGUACCUGGCAUCCUCAGUCUUUGGGCAGCUCCCCAGGUUUCCAAACCCCAUUUGCCAGAGUGUCACCAUUGAAGAGAUCAGUGAGUGCAAGAGAAGAUAGUGGCUUGUGAGGAGGACAGAAGGCUGGAGGAAGCAUGCUCGAAGGCGGCUGUUUUCCCAGCGUUUCCUCCCAUGUCCUGCAUGGUUCACACCAGAGAACCUUCAGGUCCCACCAGCAACAGUAGCAGCAGCUCCCGCCCCGGGACUCCCAGAAGCCAGUAAAGAGACCAGGAGCCACCUCAAUCAGCAGCACAUCCUCACUGCCUCUCUUGCAGACUCCUCCUGCCCUUCCUGAAUGCACAGUCUCCCCACCCUUGCCCUUCAGCCCCCUGCUUGGCUGUAUGCACUGUCUGUAUUGCACUGAGAAAGGAAGGGACAGCAGGAGUGAGGUGGAGAGGAUGGAGAGAGGGCAAGCUCAGCCCCGACCCUCCCAGCCCCAGCCCCACCAGCCUGAGCUUGCUUCCCUCCAAGAAAGGCAAAGGGGUGGGGUUUGCGUGGGAGGUGUUUCUACCUGCCCCCAGCCUAAUGUCCCUGGUGGAGCAGGUGCUUCUGGGCGGGCCAGCCUCUAAUUUGCACACCUGAAAAUCGCGGAAUUGAGUUUAGGUAGAUUGAUUUUUAAAACUUUUUUUUGGAGUAGGGGUGGUAGGGGAAUCAUUUAAUUUAAAUCAUUAAGAGUCCCCUGCCCAAACCCAGACUCCUGUGUACAGAUACUAUUUAGAGGGAAUCAGAAAAAUGCCAAGCCUUUUUUCUCUUUGAAUGUGCUGUCUAUUUUUAUAACUGAACUUGUACAUAUGUAUAAAGAGAGACACAUCUUUCUUUUACUAACUGGAGAAAAAAAUCUUAAAUAAAAUGGAGUGAGAUAAUUUUAUGUAAA